AUGGUGACUCUAAAAAUAGAUGCCUACUUAUACGAUGGUCUCUCUCCAAUUAAUGCCAUCAUAUGUGUUGCGAAAGACGUUGCUGAGAUAAGCGAAACAUUUCCUCAAUGGCGAAAAAUCUGUUCGUAUCUAUCUAUCUAUCUAUCUAUCUAUCUAUCUAUCUAUCUAUCUAUCUAUCUAUCUAUCUCAGUCUAUUCGUAUCUAUUUAUCUAUCUAUCUCAGUCUAUUCGUAUCUAUCUAUCUAUCUAUCUAUCUAUCUAUCUAUCUAUCUAUCUCAGUCUAUUCGUAUCUAUUUAUCUAUCUAUCUCAGUCUAUUCGUAUCUAUCUAUCUAUCUAUCUAUCUAUCUAUCUAUCUAUCUAUCUAUCUAUCUAUCUCAGUCUAUUCGUAUCUAUCUAUCUAUCUAUCUCAGUCUAUUCGUAUCUAUCUAUCUAUCUAUCUCAGUCUAUUCGUAUCUAUCUAUCUAUCUAUCUCAGUCUAUUCGUAUCUAUCUAUCUAUCUAUCUAUCUAUCUAUCUAUCUAUCUAUCUAUCUAUCUAUAUACCUAUCUAUCCCUGUCUGAUCGUAUCUAUCUCUAUCAGUCUGUUCGUAUCUAUCUAUCUAUCUAUCUAUCUAUCUAUCUAUAUAUAUAUAUAUAUAUAUAUAUAUAUAUAUAUACCUAUCUAUCCCAGUCUGAUCCUAUCUAUCUAUAUCAGUCUGUUCGUAUCUAUCUAUCUAUCUCAGUCUAUUAGUAUCUGUCUAUCUAUCUAUAUGUAUAUGUGCGUGUCUAUAUUAUACAAUAUUUUCUCUCUUCUUCAAUCAAAUUUUCUUUAUUUUUCACGUGCAUCUCUUUUUCCUUCAUUUUGUUCAUCCCCGCUUCCUUCUGUUUUAAUUCUUAUUUUCUUCGUUUAUGUCUUUACUGUUUUUACGCUUCUUCAUUUUUUCUUUCUCUUUCUUUUUCACAUGCGUCUUUCCUUCUUUUAUUUUAUUUUUCCAUCUUUCCUUUCGUUUUUAAUUAUUAUUUUCUUCGUUUAUGCUUUCUUUAAUUUCUUUUACACUUCUUCCUUUUCUUAUUUCUUUUUCUUUUUCACAUGCGUCUUUUCUUUCUCUUUCUUUUUCACAUGCGUUUUUCCUUUCUUUAUUUUAUUCUUCUAUCCUUCCUUCCGUUUUUAA